CAUCUCUUAGUACGUAUUGUACAUGCAUAUCUACGCGGCAGGGAUAUAACCAAGGAGAAAAUAAAUAGAAAUUUAUCACGCGAAUGAAAAUUCGAUUCAACUAUGGCCGUGAUUGGGAAUUUUUUCAAACUUUGUAACACAAUGAGACCUUAUAGGAAUCUUCUGUCAUCAAGAUUCAUUUUGCCCAACUAUCAGCCAGUAGCAACGGUAAAGCAGUCCUUAGAAGAGCGACUAGGAUUAUCACCAAAACCGAAGCGUCCAGCAAAUAUGUUUUUAAUUUUUCUGAGACAAAAAAACUCUAUAUUGAGGCAAAAGUAUCCCGAUCUCAAACAGCCGCAAAUAUGUCAAAUGGCCGCACAAGAAUACAAAAAAAUGGAUCCUAGUGAAAAAUUGAAACUGCAAGAAGAAACUAAAAACAGUUAUAUACAGUACAUUAAAGCGCUCGAAAGUUAUAAAAACUCGAUGACAGAUGAACAGAAGAUACUGAUUAAAAAAGCUCAAAUCGAUAAGCAAGCGAAAAAAAGCGCUACGAGGCAUGCAAAGGAUAAAAAAUCAGGAUUACAGAAACUGAAGAGUAUGGGACUCCCAAAAAAACCAGCGUCAGCCUAUUUAAAAUUUCUUCAGUUGCAUAAAGAGAAAAGAGGGUCUCAGACUUUAAAGGAGUGGCAGGAAAUAGUGCGGGAAAAGUGGAGGACUAUGCCUGAUAAAGAAAAAGAGGCAUUUCAAACUGAAGCAGCUGAAUCCAUGAAAGAGUAUAUUAACAGUUUGAGAUUGUGGAAACAGAGAAUGGAAGAGAUGGGUGAUGAAGAAUCAUUGCUACUUUUGAAGAAGAUCAAUACCCGUCUAACACAAUCGAAGCAGUUUUCAAAAUAG